AUGGUGGAAGUGGAAAGUACCGGGAAGCUGGGAGGCACAUCCCAGGCCGAGAGGGGGGCCCUGGCCCAGCCCCAGCCCUGGUGGAAGAGCCAGCUGUUCAUACGGGAGCCAGUGCUGUUCGGGACCUGGGAUGGUGUGUUCACGUCCUGCAUGAUCAACAUUUUUGGGGUUGUCCUUUUCUUGAGGACUGGCUGGCUGGUGGGCAACACAGGAGUGCUCAUGGGCAUGUUUCUGGUGUCCUUCGUCAUCCUGGUGGCCCUCGUCACUGUGCUGUCUGGCAUCGGGGUCGGGGAGCAUUGUGGCGUUGGCAGCGGCGGCGUCUACUCCAUGAUCUCCUCGGUCCUCGGAGGGCAGACCGGAGGCACGAUUGGGCUGCUGUAUGUGUUCGGACAGUGUGUUGCAGGCGCCAUGUACAUCACCGGCUUUGCUGAAUCCAUCUCAGAUUUGCUGAGCCUCAGGAAUAUCUGGGCUGUGCGAGGAAUUUCCGUUGUGGUGCUUCUGGCCUUGCUGGGGAUUAACCUGGCAGGUGUCAUGUGGAUAAUCCGCCUCCAGCUGCUGCUGCUGUUCCUGCUGGCCGUGUCCACACUGGACUUCGUGGUGGGCUCCUUCACGCACCUGGACCCGGAACAUGGUUUUAUUGGAUAUUCACCAGAACUGCUGCAGAACAAUACUCUCCCAGAUUACAGCCCUGGGGAGUCUUUUUUCACUGUCUUUGGGGUGUUCUUCCCAGCAGCUACAGGAGUCAUGGCCGGCUUCAACAUGGGGGGCGACCUCAGAGAGCCUGCUGCCAGCAUCCCCCUGGGCUCCCUAGCAGCUGUUGGCAUCUCGUGGUUUCUCUACAUCGUCUUUGUCUUUCUGCUCGGCGCCAUCUGCACCCGAGAGGCCCUUCGCUAUGACUUCCUGAUAGCUGAAAAGGUGUCCCUAGUGGGCUUCCUGUUCCUUUUGGGCUUAUACAUCUCGUCCCUCGCCUCCUGUAUGGGAGGCCUCUACGGAGCCCCCCGGAUCCUGCAGUGCAUUGCCCAGGAGAAAGUGAUUCCUGCACUGGCCUGUCUGGGGCAAGGGAAAGGGCCAAAUAAAACACCUGUAGCUUCCAUCUGCCUGACCAGCUUGGUGACCAUGGCCUUUGUCCUCGUGGGUCAGGUGAAUGUGCUGGCCCCCAUCGUCACCAUCAACUUCAUGCUGACAUACAUCGCGGUGGACUACUCUUACUUCUCCCUGUCCGUGGGUCCCUGCAGCCUCCCGCAGGUGCCUGAGUCAGGGCACAAGGAGGGCACGGAAGCUCUCCACUGCUCUGAGCAUCUGCUCUUGGAGAAGGCUUCCAACUAUGGCUCUGAGGGCACUUCCCAGAGCCUCUCUGAAGGCACUCUGCUAGAAUUCACCAAAGACAUGGAUCAGCUCCUCCAGCUAACCAGGAAGCUUGAGAGUAGCCAGCCCAGGCGAAGAGAGAGUGACGGGAUCCCGGAGAGUCAGAAGAGGAAACGCAAGAAGGCCACCAAGCAAACCCUACAAGAUAGCUUCCUCUUGGACCUCAAGUCCCCUGCCUCCUUCCCUACUGAGGGUUCUGGUGGAUUGCCCUCUGCCUCCUUGGAGAGGCAGGAGUCCUACUGGAACAAACAGAGUGCCAGAGGUGAAGGGGAUCGGCCUGAGGGAGCCUGUGGAGAACAACUUGUCCCUGAGCUAAGUAACCAGCUUAGGCCAAGUGGAGAAGAUUUCUUCCUGAAGUCCAAGUUCCAGGAACAAGAUGUCCAGAGGAGACCAACUUCUUUCUACACCCGCCUGUGCAACCCCUGGGUCUCCCUGUUGGGGGCUGUCGGGUCCCUUCUCAUCAUGUUUGUGAUCCAGUGGGUCUAUACCCUGGUUAAUAUGGGUGUUGCUGCCAUCGUGUAUUUCUACAUUGGUCGGACCAGUCCAGGGCUUCACCUUGGAUCAGCCUCCAACUUCAGCUUUUUCAGAUGGAUGAAGUCUCUCCUGAUCCCUUCCUGCAGGAGUUUGCAACCCCCCCAAGAACAGAUCAUUUUGGCGCCGUCCCUGGCUAGGGUUGACAUGGAGAUGACUCAGCUCACCCAGGAGAACGCAGACUUCGCCACUCGGGAUCGCUACCACCAUUCCUCCCUUGUGAGUCGGGAACAGCUGAUGCCUCAGUACUAGAGUACUGAGUACUCAGUACCAGGCAGCCCUGGAACCCUCCUCUUUUGGAGCUGUCCAGUGUAGAGUGGACCCAAAUCCCAGAACCUUUGUAGAGCUGGUUCUCCUCGGUAAGAAACUCAAAGACCUGUCCGCCCACCGCCGUUUUGGA